GCGAAAGAAAAAACGCGGUUCUUGAAGUGAUCAGAGGAAGUGCUCACAAUUCGGGUGAUAGGAUUUUUGCCCGCCUCUCUCAAAACCGCGCAAGAAAGCGACUGGGAAACCAGCAAGACCGUCUUGCCGUUCCAGGGCUUCGGCUCCAGCCAGUGGGUUGGCACGACCAUGUCUCCUGAAGGUGGCCGGGCACCCUCCCUCCUUUGCUUGAUUGUCAUAGCGGCCGGACUAAAUAUCUACACCUCUUCAAUGAGUAUACCUGCCACCUCAAACAUGGCUUCCUUUGUAAAAACAGAAUUAACCAAUCAGACUCCUAUACUCAACAGCAGUUCAGCAGUAGAUACUAUAAAAGCAGCUACAAGUCCUGUUACUCUUUCCCUUACAACUACAUUGAGAUCUAUUGAAAAGGUUAUACCACUGUCUACACCUAAUGACAUAUCAAGUACAUCAGAGAUGACCAUAUCAACAACUAAUUUGUUAUCACAAUCAAGCACUGGAUUACAAAGCACAGAACACAUGCCAGCCUCGGUGAUGUCCGUUUACAGCUCAGCAACAACUAAUAUUUCCCCUGCAGAAACUGUAGCCGCCACCACUUCAGGUAUUAUGAGAGUAUCAUCCAUCAGCAGCAGUUCAUUUGCUCCUGAGGAAUACACCAGCUCUUCAGUUAUCCAGUUAUCAAGUAUAGAAGUGUCCACAGUACCUAUGACAUCCAAGAAACACCCUGUUGAAGGAAUCACUUCUGGAGUCACUACUAAGCCACUCACCUCAUCAAACUCUGUGGGAACGUUUACAUAUUCACAAGGUACUUUAGCAAGUAAAGCUGUUGAGACCUCCCCUAUUGGCAGAACCACAUUCUCCUCAGAGGUAACCAUGCAAGAGGUUCAGCGGGCUUUGAGUUCAGGAAGCAUUGCAGCUAUUACUAUAACUGUGAUUGCUGUGGUUCUAUUGGUAUUUGGCAUAGCUGCAUUUUUAAAAAUCAGGCAUUCUUCAUAUGGCAGACUUUUUGAUGACCAUGAUUAUGGAUCCUGGGGAAACUACAACAAUCCUCUGUAUGAUGAUUCCUAAUCUAAGAAUAUUAGCCAAGCCAAAGCUGUUCUUGUGUCAUGAAGCAUCUAAUUCACCAAAAGCACUAUGUUCCAGUAUCUUUUGACAUGCAUUUCCUAUAUUUUAUUCUUUUUUGCUGUUUUUUCCAAUGAAUUUUUGGAAUUUAAUAGAAACCAAACUCUACAACGUGAAUCAGAUUCAAAUGAUACUUACAAUAAAUAACUCAAGUCUUAUUUAAUAAGUUGCUACAGUUUCUAGAAAAAAAUGAAGAUAUAUGGCAUACUCUGACAAAACUGCAGUUUUAGCAACAUGAUAGUAUUAGUGGCAGAUUUGCUAUUAGGAAUUUGCAUUCCUAGCAACUUAUGACAGGUGAACCUUUAGUGGCAGACUUGGUAUGAAAAAGCAGUAUGGCCUCUUUAGUUGACCCUCAGAAAACCUUUAAGGUAAUAAUUGCUUAAUGGGAAUCUCAGAAGAUUGAUACCAAAUCUUGCUCUUGUUUAUUUGCCUUCACCACUGCUAUUUCUGUAAGAAGAGUGUUCUUAUUAACAUUCAAUUGAAUAUUAUACUAUUAUAUACUUCAGUGAAGUUCUUGUUAACUACUUUGUUAAGUAGUUUUCUUAACAACUGCCUUCCUUCUUUUUCCAUCAUACCAAUUCAGCAAACCCUGAGUGCUCUUUAACAGAGGCAACUUCUAUUGGUCCACUGAUAUCACACAAAUAUCAUUUAAGGAAUGAAUAAUUCUCCCCCACCAAAAAACUAGUAGAUUUGAUAUAAAAGGAAUGGUAUUAUUUCCAAAAGUAAAAUAUUACCUCUUUGAUUUGUACCAAGUUUUAACUAUUCCAUAUUUUUCUUUCAUGUGUUCAUAAAGGAGAAUGUUCUGUUAGCUAGUUGAUCCAAUCAAACAUUGCUCUGAGUUUUCUGUGAUAUCAAGAGUAGUCAUGUUUGUCAAUAUCUGAUGUUUUAUGCUGGCAAGUAAUUAGGAAAGUUAUAUUCCAAUUUGGAGAAAGGCAGCUCUAAAAUGAAUCAGAAUCAUAGAAGCCUGGUCCCUACCUUGGAGAUCUUUUAGUCCAACCUAUUGUACAAGGUAGGAGUCCUUAAACCAUCCAGACAUAUGGAUGUCCAAUUGAAUGAAUGAAUGAAUUCUAGCUUUGUGCAGUUGGAUUCCAAAUGAGGUUUGUUCCUUUGUAGUCAUUAUCACAAAAGCCCCAAUUUUUUUUGGUCCAGAUCCUUGAUAUAAAUUGGAUUCCAUUGAUAUAUUCAUUUUCCAUCUAAUUAUCUAAUCAGUUUUAAAACCACCAACUUCGAUGGUGUUCAUUCCCCUCUCUAAUAAGUAUAAGUUAUGUUUUAAGCAGAUAGUAAGUACUUCUCAAUAGACAGUUUGUCAUCGUCUCAUGACCUGCUCUGCAGUACAUCUGCAGUGACAAUUAUGAAUGUUAUCUUUUAAAACUUCAUUUAAGAAAUGAUCAGAUGAAACUAUUACAAAGUGUUCCCUUCAAGAUUUUAAUUUGUUUGCAUUAUCCAUUACUUCAGAUAACAGCUUACUAUUUUCCUUUGCCAAUUUAUAUGCUACUAGUUUGAGUUAAUAAAAAAAUA